GUCUCCGAGGUACAUCAUGGAUGAUCAAUGCGCUUCAAUGGUAGAAUAUAUUUCGUUCUUGAUGCGUCCAACUGCUUUCAAUGAAGUACACGCACCCAGUACUUUAUAUCCCCCACAAUUCGUUCCAGGAUGGUUGGCAACCGGCCUAUUCGCAUAGCAGGAUGCUCCGGCUCCACAACCGACCGUCGAGAUGCGAUGCGAUUAUUAGCUUCCAAUUAUGAGAAUGAUCCAAUUGAUGUUUUCGCCGGAGAUUGGAUGAGUGAAGGCAAUAUGACUGUCAGAGCUGGUUCUAAGAUCAAUGGCCAAAUGGAUGCCUAUGAACCAACGUUUCUCGAAGCUCUUGAACCUGCACUUCCAUGCAUCGCGAAGUAUCGGAUCAAGGUUGCCGUCAAUGCCGGGGCGUCCGAUACGGAGAAGCUCCACAAGGUCGUCCAAAAGAUGGUAAAGGGCAGGGGACUAAACCUUAAUGUGGCCUGGAUUUCAGGUGAUGAGGUACUUCCUCAACUUUUAGAGUCCCAAAGACGUGGCGAAUCUCCGUUUGAGAACAUAUGCACCGGUGAAAUCCUAGGAGAUUGGAAAUUUGAGCCCAUGUACGCUCAAGCGUAUCUUGGAGGACUUGGAAUAGCGGCAGCCUUUGAGAAAGGAGCGGACAUUGUGGUUUGUGGAAGAGUAUCUGAUGCAAGCCCUGUCAUUGGAGCCGCGUACUGGUGGCACAAGUGGAACCGCUCCGAUGUGGACAAACUGGCGAACGCUUUUGUGGCUGGCCAUCUCUCUGAAUGUUCAAGUUAUAGCACCGGUGGAAACUUCACCGGAUUCCAGCACUUGGAGUCUCUGGGCUGGGAGAACAUUGGCUUCCCAAUCGUCGAGAUUUCUAAUUCGGGGGAGGUUAUCGUUACGAAGAAUGCAGGCUCCGGAGGCGAAGUUUCGGUGGAUACCUUGACAUCCCAAUUCCUGUACGAGAUCCAAGGACCUUGGUAUUACAAUUCGGAUGUAACCGCAAUCCUGGAUAAUAUCUCAUUUGAACAUAUAUCGGCGAACCGGAUAGCAUUAAGAGGUGUCAAAGGAGCGCUGCCACCUCCUACUACGAAAGUAGGCAUAACAGCGAAGCCGUUGUAUCAAGCAGAGAUGCACUGGUUCAUAACAGGUCUCGAUGUCCACGCAAAAGCCCGAAUGGCCGAGACCCAGGUUCGUAUAUUACUCGGUAAUCAUAUCAAUAACUUCGCCCAUCUCGAAUUUCAGAUACUCGGAUCGGUACCAGAUAAUCCAACAAAUCAAAACGCUGCCACUGUUGAUCUCCGGAUCAUUGCUCAGGCAAGGAAAGCCGAAGACCUAGCGCCCGCUAAGUUUGUGCGUCCCUGUAUCGACCCUAUCAUGUGCGCCUAUCCUGGUGCAACGCCUCAUCUCGACCUUCGACAAGCCUUCCCGAAGGAGGUUUAUGAAUACUAUGUCACUUUGAUUCCACAAUCGAAAUUGCUUCAUCGAGCACAUCUACAAUCAGGAGAAUCAAUUGACAUUCCACCUCCUUCGAAUACGAAGACUUAUCCAAAGCAGCAACCCACCCAGGACGUCACAGCGAAUAUUCGCGAUCUAUCAUCAUUUGGUGCCACCGUACGAGCGCCUCUCGGCACAAUCGUCCACGCCCGCUCUGGCGAUAAAGGCUCCGAUUGCAAUGUUGGCUUUUGGGUCAGAUAUCAAGAUGAAUAUGCUUGGCUGCAGAACCUGCUGUCUGUCCAAUUCAUGAAAGACUUGCUAGCAGAGGAGUACAAAGGCGGCCGAGUAGAGAGAUUCGAGUUUCCUGGUCUCAAGGCUGUGCAUUUCCUGCUCAGAGAUCAUCUUGAUAGGGGCGUUAGUUGCACAUUGAGCGUAGAUUUCUUGGGCAAGAAUUGUGCUGAGUACCUCAGGUGUCGGCAAGUGGACAUUCCUCUUGUCUUCAUUGCCAGGGGUAGAAUCUAAAUAACAUAAUGCCAACGGGUGAAGCUUUUCAAUUGGAUCUCUACUAAUCUACAUUGACC